AUGCCUCCUAUUUUGAUUUUUGCUGGAUUAUUGGUGCUAUUUUGUUUCUUAUGGAGUCGACGGAGGUUCUACAAGUUAAUGCUUCAGAUACCCGGACCUUUAGGACUGCCUCUUCUCGGCUCGGUUCCUGAAUAUGCCAUAAAUAAGCUAAAUAUAAAACACAGAACCAAGUUUAUGGAGAAAUAUGGCUCAACAAUUUUGGCCUGGGCUGGUAUUCAGCCAGUUUUAGUUUCUCGAGAUCCCAAGAUUGCUGAGAAUCUUCUUACCGCACCGCAGUGCCUUAACAGAAGCUCGCGGGUAACAAAGGCUAUGGAAAGUAUCUUUGGAAAGGGCAUUUUGACACUUCAAGACUCUGCCUGGACUGAACGACGAAAGCACAUGAACGCCAGUUUUAAACAAGAUGUAUUGCUCAGUUUUGUUUCUAUUUUUAAUUCUGAGACGAAAAACCUGCUAACACAAAUGGACACUCUCGAGGGUCAUAAUGGAACUGAUGUUUUGCCGCAUUUAUACAGGUGGUCAUUCAGUAUAGCUCAUCAAACAACAUUGGGUACUGAAGUAAAAGAUGAAACAAAUUUUAAAAACAACACCCUUAUUGAAUCUUGGAAUUCGCUUGCGUUUUUCAUCCUUCUUAAAGUGUUCUUGCCUCUUUUCCGCAAUACUAAAAUUUGUAAAAUUUUUGGAGUGGAAAACAAAACAACUCAGCUUUUUUCAAAGAUUGAUGUUUUGAUGAAUAAAAUUAUUGACUUAAGACUUCAUUCAGAAUCGGAAAGCAGUAAGGAUUUAUCGCCGAAUAUUGCCAUCAACAGAGUUAUGGAACUCUAUCGAAAUGGCGAAAUAACUUUAGAUGAAGUCAAGGGAGAGUCAUGUAACAUGGUUUUAGCUGCUUUCGAGACCACAGCUCUGACCCUCAAUCAUUUACUUAUUGUCCUGGCCAUGUUUCCCCAGUACCAGGAACUUCUUUUCGAGGAGCUGAAAGAAAUCUUUCCGGCUGGUGGAGACUUGGAAGUUGAGUAUGAGGAUGUCCAGAAAUUGGUAUAUCUAGAUCGCGUCUUAAACGAAACCUUGCGUCUAUUUCCACCCAUCCCAAUAAGUAUAAGAGAUGCAAAGGAGGAUCUUCGCCUUUCAAAUGGAGUCUUAAUUCCUAAAGGAGUAAUAUUGUGUAUAGAUAUAUUUAACAUACACCGCAAUAGAGACCUCUGGGGCCAUGAUGCCGAUACCUUUGAUCCUGAUCGUUUUUUGCCUGAUAAUAUUCGCCAAAGACAUCCAUACGCCUUCAUACCAUACUCAAAGGGAAAGAGAAAUUGCAUAGGUUGGAGAUACGCCCAAAUAUCUUUAAAGAUCGCCUUGGCCAAGAUUGUCAGAAAUUACAGUUUCAAUACUAGUUUUCGGUAUGAAGACCUAGCUUUUAUCGAUAAUAUAGUAAUUAAACUGGAUAAAGCUCCACUUCUUAACUUUAACCGAAGGACCACCUAA